GAAACGAAUUAUGCAAUAUCAAUCAGUAAGACGAUUAUGGUUUAUUACAUCUAAUCUUAUUAUCAUCAAAUUUAAAUUACCCAAUCAUUCUUAUCGGGAUCAACAUUAUUCUACUUCAACUGUUUAUAUUUAUCCAUUAACAAAAUGUAUUCCAUUAGGUUUACCAAAAACAUUUGAUCAACAAUUUAUUUCUAAUCAUUGUCAUCUAUAUAAUUUACCAUAUUAUUAUAAUGGUAAUAAUAAUAAUAAUAAAGAUCAAAUUAUAAGUAAAUUACCUAGAGUUGUUCAUUCAACACGUCGUGCUGAUCUAUUAUAUAACCAAUUAUAUAAUCAUAAUCAUAAUACAGAUCAUCAUCAUGAUCAUAAUCAUGAUCCUAGUGAUCGGAUCAAAUCUUUAUCUUCAUAUCAAUCAUUAUUUCAUAAACAUCAAUCACGUCAAUAUAUACAAAUUGCAUUAUAUCAUUAUGUAUUAAAUAAUUUACUUGGUCUAUCUCAUCUACCAUCCACAAUGAACAAUCCUCCUCCUCCUCCUCCUCCUCCUCCUCCUCCUCUUCCUCCUCCUCCUCAUCAUCAUCAUAAUUCUAUACCAUUAUUAUUAGAUCUUGGUUGUGGUAUCAAUCAUUCAGAUAUAAUUAAUCAUUAUUUAUUAACUAUAUCGAAUUUUAAUAAAAAAUUCAUACCCAUAUGUAUUGAUCUAUUCAAUAAUAACAAUACUACUACUACUAAUAAUAAUACUACUACUAACAAUACUACUAACAGUAAUAAUAAUACCACUACUACUACUACUACUACUACUACUACUACUACUACUACUACUACUACUACUACUACUACCACUAAUACUACCAAUAGUAAUGCUACUACUACUGAUACUAAUAAUAGUAGUAAUGAUAUAUUCAAUUAUAAUAUUCAUUUAAUGAAAUGUAAUUUAAUGAAAGAUUAUAUAAUCAAUCGAUCAACAUUAUUACCAUUUCAAGAUUAUUCUAUCGAUUAUAUUAUAUCUAUAUCAUUUAUACAAUGGUUAUUAGGGAAACAAAAAUCAAUAUAUUCUAUCAAACAAUUUAUUCAUGAAAUAAUACGUUUAUUAAAUCAAUCAAAUGGUCAAUGUAUCAUACAAUUUUAUCCAAAUCAAUUAAUCGAUAUAAAAUUGAUUAUUGAUAUAAUUGAAUUAUAUCAAUCAAAUUUUAAUGGUUGUUUAUUAAUUAGUAAACCAAUUAUAAAUCGUGGUAUGAAAAUAUUUAUUUAUUUAACAUAUAAAUAAUUAUUUAUGAUUGUUUGUUUGUUUGUUUAUGUAAUAAACUGUUUAUAAGUUGAGAUGUGGAAGGUUUACAGUUCGAUUCCCGUUGAUGCAGAAUUGUGGAUGCAGACUGAUGAAGAAUUUCACAAUAGGGCGUUCAGUGUUUCUUUGGGUUUUUCAAUCAGUCUUCAACAUUGUACAUACGUACAUCAUUUCGAGUUGUCAUAUCACAUUAGCACAGAGAUACAAUUAUUGAUUCAAAUCCCAUAGUGGUACACGUAGUAAAAGUAUAAGCAGUAAUCGGAAACAUUAGGGUUGGAUGAUGU